AUGUCGAGUGAAUCGGUAAAAAACUUUUCAAGUUUGGAAACCCCAGGGUAUGUGGGUUUCGCGAAUUUACCCAACCAAGUCCAUCGAAAGUCUGUGAAAAAGGGUUUCGAAUUUACCCUUAUGGUUGUUGGAGAAAGUGGAUUGGGGAAGUCCACUUUAGUUACCUCUUUAUUUCUGACUGAUUUGUAUCCAGAAAGACUUAUUCCGGGCGCUAUGGAAAAAAUGCAGCAGACUGUUAGAUUAGAACCUUCCACGGUUGAAAUAGAAGAGAGAGGUGUAAAAUUAAGAUUGACAGUUGUCGAUACUCCUGGAUACGGAGAUGCUAUCGAUAAUCGAGAUUCUUUCAAUGAAAUUAUCGGUUAUAUUAACCAACAGUUUGAGAGAUUUUUGAAAGACGAAUCCGGUCUCAAUAGAAAGAAUAUAAUGGAUAACAGAGUGCACUGCUGUUUUUAUUUUAUAUCUCCUUUUGGACAUGGAUUGAAGCCAUUAGAUAUAGAGUUUAUGAAGAAACUUCACAACAAGGUAAACAUAGUUCCUGUGAUCGCCAAAGCCGACGUUCUAACUAAAAAAGAAAUGCAAAAAUUGAAGAAAACGGUUUUAGAAGAAAUCGCGAAAAACGGCAUAAGGAUAUACUCAUUGCCCGAAUGCGACUCCGACGAGGACGAGGAAUACAAAGAACAGGUGCGCCAGUUGAAACAGGCUGUCCCGUUCGCCGUGUGUGGGGCUAACACGGAGCUGGAGGUGAAGGGUCGCAAGGUCAAAGGGCGAUUGUAUCCGUGGGGCGUCGUCGAAGUCGAAAAUCCGGAACAUUGCGAUUUCAUCAAAUUGAGGACGAUGCUGAUCACUCACAUGCAGGAUCUGCAGGAGAUCACGCAACAAGUCCAUUACGAAAAUUACAGGUCCGAGAGGCUGGCCAAAGAGGGACCCGUGCCCAAGAAGAAUGGGGUGGAAGACACGUCUGCACCGAUCUCGGAAAAAGACAAAAUAUUGCAGGAGAAAGAAGCUGAAUUGAAACGAAUGCAGGAAAUGAUUGCUGCGAUGCAAGCCAAAAUGCAACAAACGAAGUAA